UCGUGACCAAAGUGUCGGCCAACGUUUAUUUACAUCCAAGUUUGAUAAGCUGAUCACUUUGGCUGUCAUCUCAUGCGCGUCGCUGUAGAUGGGUUCUAGGGAAGAGAAGAAAGUUAUCAUAGUAGGAAAAUACUGCGUUGGGAAAACCGCCCUGAUAGAAAGUUUUACAACGAACAGAUUUAACGAGCUUUCAUCGUACGAACCCACAAUAGGGGCGGCGUUUGUGGCGAAGAAAGUGACCGUGGGUAAAAAAUACGUCACUCUUGGAAUAUGGGACACCGCAGGCUCAGAGCGGUUCGAAUCAAUGACUACGUUAUACUAUCGUGGAGCUGAAGCUGCCAUCAUUUGCUACGAUGUAUGCGACUACUCUAGCUUUGAAAAAGCCAAGUUUUACGCAACAGAAGUUCGCCAAAAUAACGAGAGUUGUGGGCUUUAUCUGUGCGGAACAAAGUGUGACUUGGUAAGUUUCGGCGGCAGAAAUAGAGAAGUUACCAGGGACGAGGCAGAGGAUUACGCCCAAAAAAUCAAUGCAAGGAAAGUAAUCGCGACGUCAAGUAAAACGGGAGAAAACGUCACCGAACUCUUCUCGAUGAUAGCAAAGGACUUGCUGAAGAAAAUACCAACAGAAAAUUCAGUACCUUCCCACCAGUUUGGAUUACAUGAACCCACACAAAACGCUAAACCAUUUUGUGGAUGUAAAGGAUGAGCAAGUUACAUCGUCACCAUGGAGACAUGAUUGUCUCAAGAGAGUAGAGGCCUCUUAACAUUGCUGUCCAGGGGGAGCUAAUGAGAACUUUGUCCUAAAGAUUAGAGUUGCUUGUUGCAGGCGUUUGCUCAUUUAAUAAAUGCGCGAUGGGAUCGACAGAGUGGAGCGAAACAAACUCGCU